GCCUUGGUCCCGCUGUUGAAUGCAGGAUGUGCAGCGGAGAGUUUUGUCUCUUAAUUUGAUCACCGCCACCAGUUUUCUGCAGGACUCUUCAGCUGAGGCUUCUCUAUGACACAACAAGUUAACUUUAUAUCUGCUGAGGACCUGGCUGGAGGUGUCUGAGCAUUCACAGACAGGAUGAUCUACAUCAUUAUGGGAGUCUCUGGCUCUGGAAAAAGCACAUUGGGGAUUUUCCUGUCUAAAAAGCUGAACUGGCCUUUUCACGAAGGAGACAGCUUCCAUUCGAAGGAGAACAUCGAGAAGAUGGCUCGUGGUGAGCCACUCACAGACCAGGACAGAUUUCCUUGGCUUCUCAAAGUUCAUGAAGUCAUCCAGAGGGAAAAGUGUUCGGGCUGUGAUGCUCUUGUGGCAUGUUCUGCUCUGAAGCGCCAGUACAGGCAGAUCCUCCUCCACGGCUCCAGAGCCCUGUCUGCUUCUUCGCCCGGAUCCCACCUGGACAUCUCCUCUUCUUCACCUGAUGUCUUUUUUAUCUAUCUGCACGGUGACUACGACUUCAUUUACCAGCGGCUGGUGACCCGGCAAGGUCACUACAUGAGGGCCGACCUGCUCCGUUCCCAGUUCGAUGCUUUAGAGCCUCCCUUAAAUGAGGAGAAUGUGCUCACUCUGGACAUCAGGAAGGGUGUUAGUGAAAUGGCUGUGGAGGUUGAAAAGCACAUCAUGAGUGUGAAGCCCUCAACAGAAAAGCUGUGAUCCUGCAUGCUGAGACGGAUGCUGCUGUGGUUCAUAGCUGAAUCAAACCCCUGCAAACUGUGGACAUUCCCAUUAUCUUCUGUGAUGGAUUUUGCCCUGGAGCAGUAGGCUUUAAUCAGCAUGUAAUUGAAACCAAUUUAACACAAUGAACGUAGUUCAUUACAUACCUGUAUUUAUCUAUAUGCAAUGAUAUUUUGCUCAAAGAUUCAGCGAUCCUGAGUAGAACAUAAUUGGUUGAAUUAAGGUGAGAAAUACAUUCCUGUUUUAUUUCAAAUGCAGAUCCACAUUGAAGCUCGUGCUGAUUUUUGUCGCCUCAGAGGAGCCUAAAGCAGUCUACAUAAUCUGCUUUAGUUCUGAAACUAUUCAGUCAAAAUAAAGAUUUUAAUUUGCAAAA